AUGAAGUACUUUGUAUUCUCUUCAUCGUUAGCCAAAAUUAUGAUGAUGUUCCUUUUUCCAUUUGUGUUAGCAGCUUCAGCUUAUCACAAUCAUGAAGACUUUCUUCAAUGCCUAAACUCUCGUAUAUCCAAGUCGAACUCUACCUUCCCUCCUCAACCCAUUAUCUACACUCAAAAUGAUCCGUCGUAUCUCAAUGUAUUGAACUCAUCCAUACAUAAUGACCGUUUUUCUUCUCCUUCAACCCUAAAACCAUUUGUUGUCAUCACGCCAUUUCAUGCCUCCCACAUCCAAGCCGCUGUUUUUUGCUCCAAAAAACAUGGCAUGCAAAUAAGAACCCGAAGUGGCGGCCAUGAUUAUGAGGGCUUUUCUUAUGUCUCUAGUGUCUCGUUUGUCGUAAUUGAUAUGAGAAACCUUAAUUUGGUCAACGUAGAUGUGGCGAGUAAAUCUGCUUGGGUUCAAGCUGGAGCUACCCUUGGUGAACUCUAUUAUAGGAUUGCUGAAAGAAGUAGAAAUCUCGCGUUCUCAGCCGGCGAUUGCCACACUGUUGGUGUUGGUGGACAGAUCGGUGGAGGAGGCUAUGGCUAUUUGACACGAAAAUAUGGCCUUGCAGCUGAUAAUAUUCUGGAUGCAAAACUAAUUGAUGUUAAAGGAAGAAUUCUUGAUAGAAAAUCUAUGGGUGAGGAUCUGUUUUGGGCCAUACGUGGUGGUGGAGCAGCAAGCUUUGGAAUCGUUCUUGCAUGGAAACUUCAACUAAUUCACAUUCCAUCGACAGUGACUGUGUUUGAUGUCAAGAGGAACAUGGAAGAUGAUGCAACAAAGAAGCUCGUUUAUCAAUGGCAACGCCGUGCUCACAAAGUCGAUGAAGACCUAUCAAUCUAUGCUAGGUUCCAAACUGAGAGUUCUAUUGAUAAAGAAGGCAAUAAGAAAAUUGUGCUAGGAGCUUCUUUUCGCACCACAUUCCAUGGAAACAUGGAUAGGCUCCUUCAAAUAAUGCGAAAGGAGUUUCCCGAAAUGGGUUUGCUAAGACAAGAGUGCACUGAAAUGAGUUGGGUCGAAUCCUUUCUCUAUCAUAAUUAUUUCAGAAAUGGAGAAUCCUUAGAUGUUUUACUCAACAAGACAUCUAAUUUCAAUAUGGAAUCAUUCAAAGCGAAAUCCGACUUUGUGAAAGAGCCCAUUCCAGAUGACGUAUUCGAAGAAAUGUUAGGAAGGUUGUACGAAGAAGAUGUAGGAAGAGUUUUGAUAGAUCUAUUUCCUUUCGGAGGAAAAAUGAAUGAAAUUUCGGAAUCCGCAAUCCCAUUCCCAUACCGAGCUGGAAAUCUCUACAACAUUCAUUACUUGGUUAGUUGGGGAGAAGAUGAGAAUUUUACAACAUCUCAAAAGCAUAUGAGUUGGGUAAGAGGACUCUAUAAUUAUAUGACUCCUUAUGUGUCAAAAAAUCCAAGGGCUGCAUAUCUCAAUUUUAGAGACCUUGACAUCGGGAUGAAUAACAAUAAGGGCAACAUCACAAGUGUUUAUAAAAACGUUGCACGAGCUAGGAUUUGGGGUACUAAGUAUUUCAAGAACAAUUUCAAUAGGUUGGUUCAUGUAAAAACUAUAGUUGACCCAACUAAUUUCUUUAGAAAUGAGCAAAGCAUCCCACCUCUUCGUUGA